GUUGCUCUGCUAACAGCCGCCCGUCUCCUUGUUCGGCGUCCUUCCCCCCCGCCCCCCGCUUUCCCCUUCGGCUGUGAUGCCGGGCUUGGUCGGGAGGGGUGUUCGGCGCAGUCCGGAAGCGCUCGGGAAAGUUCGGAAGCGGGUUUAAACGGCGGCGAGCGGAGCGCUCUGCUGAGGCGAAGCGCGGGCGGGCAGGGGAUAAAGAGGCGCGGCGAGGAGCGGGCAUCGGUCCCGGGAGGCUCGCGGCGCUACUUCUCCGGUUGGGAAGCCAGGGCGAGGGCGGCUCCGCGAUGCUCACCGACAGUUUGGUGGAGGAGUUCGAGAUCCGCGAGGAUGAGCCGUGGUACGACCAGCAGGACCUGCAGCAAGGUGAGGGCGGCGGCGGCGGAGGAGCGGCUCGGCCGAGGGUCCAGAGGGGCUGCGGGUGGGUCAGGAGGCUGGGAAAGAGGCGGCGAGGAGAAGCCGCCGGAGAGGGAAGAAGGUGGGACUGGGACAAUGGAGGGGGGGAAGACAAUGGCUGAGGGGAGCCGAGGUGGAAACUGCGGGAAAGAGAGGAGAGAGCCUAUGAAACGGUCGAGGAGACCGUUUUUCUUUAAUUUUUCGAAUAAGUGAAGAGCCUUGUGGCGCCUCACUGAGGACUAGCGGGUUUCAGAAGCGCGGAGAUCCAUCCUCACGUGUCGCAGGUAUAUGCGCGUGGGGCACGCCCGUGUGGAGAAGACGCCGGGCGCCCAGGCGAAAGAAGAGCGAAGGCUGGCGUUAAAGGCUGGCGGUGGGAUGUAAAAAGCACAGCCUGUGUCCGCCCGUUUCUUUCUUUAUACAGUACUGUGUCCCGCUUUUCCUUCAAAGAGCGGAAGGGGAUACCAUGUUUUUUUAAUGAUUGGAUUCUACGUUUCUAUUUUAGCGGUAAGGCGCUUUGGUGGGAUAAGAAUAAAUAUGAAAUGGUGGUAAUAUACAUAAGUUUUCCUCCUCCCCAUUUCAUUCUCACAACCAGUGCUAUUUUUCAAAAAAACUGUUGGGGGUACUCUCAUUUUCCUUCUCCUAUUGAAAGAAUGCCCUCAAUGAGGCCAAACUUAGAAAAAAGUCGCCCAGAAAAAAGCACCGCUCACAACAAUCCUGUGAAGGAGGUUAGGUUGAGAGGGAGUGACUGGCUCAAGGUCUCCCAGGAAGCUUCAUGGCUGAGUGGGGAUUACAAAUCCCUUUCUACUGGUUCUGGUCCAGCAGUCUAACCCAGCUUUUCUCAACCAUGGUUCACCAGAUGUUCUUCACCCAUCACCCCUGACCACUGGCCAUGCUGGCUGGAAAUGAUGGGAACUGUUGUCCAGCAACCUCUAGAGACCCAAGUUGGAGAAAGCUUGGACUUUAACCACUACACCAAGCUGCCUCUCAGUAGCAAAGGGCAAUUAAUGGAUAUUGGCAGCAAUAGGUCCCUGCUUGUCUUUCCUUUAUUUCACACAGUCAUAGUUUAUCUCUUCUUGUUUUCUUUUCUUUUGGUCUCAAAUAAGUAUUUCUAUCAUGCCUUUCAUGCUCACCUGCUCAUGGCUUUUUCUCCCGCCCAACUAGCUCAUCUAUAGGGUGUAUCCCUCAUCAUUCAUCUCAAGCUUUUCACCUGCACCUUUUCGUGAUUUAGGGAAUAAGCCCCACUGAAUUCAUUAGGACUUCUGAGUACACAUGGUUAGGAUCACAGGCUUAGUUCUUUGUCACCCCAUCCCUCACCCAUCAGCUUAAUGGGUUUAGUUCCCCCGCCCGUCAUAUCUUUUGUCAUCAUCAAAGCACAUUUUAUAUUCAGCUUUAAUUAUUUAUCUCCACCAUAAGUGAGUAUCCCUAGUCAUUUAGACCCCAAAAUGUGAUUUGUGGCAUAAUAAAAGCACACCAAAGGGGCUAGAGAAGGAGAGGGGGGGAAGAAGUAAUGAGAACUUAAAGGGAGAAAGUAACAAAAACAGGGAUGUAGGGGUAGAGGCUUGGGAGGUAGUAAGAGUGGCUUGAGGGUGACUGAAGUCCAAUUGGAAGAACACUUAGGAAGAGAGAAGUUACUUGACGGUGGUCUGGGGAAGAGUAAUGGGGAUUUGGGGACACCAGUUACAACUAUUUGUGGGGGGAGGAACUGGAAUUGUGACAAGACAACUUGUGGAAUACGCAUUGAGGAUGCAUGAUGAGGGGAGAGGACCAUGGAAAGUCAGGAAGGCAUGGUUCUCAAAAUGCGUGCCCAGCAUUGGAAACCACUUUAAUGGAUUUUGUAGGCAAUUGUAUUUUACUUGUACAGUUGUUGGUUUUAUUUUGUUUGGUCUGUGGUUGCAUAAAAAAGUAUCUGUAUCUUAUGUGUGCUCAGGGGCAUUUAAAUCUGUUUAGAUUCUUCUAAAGAUAUAGGUACAGGCCAAUUCCUUACAAGUUUUAUUAGGAAAUUGAAUCCUUCAGACUCCAGUGGGACUUUCUCAAGAGUGAAGGUGCCUAAAAGGCUCAUAAGCCCUUUGAACAUGGUGAAAUUUAACUUCCAAAUAAACAUGUACAGUAUGUAAUUAGAUUUCUGGAAAGCUCUUUACAGACUAGUGAAAUUAAACAUGCAGUUUUCCCACCAUUUAAUGCACAUUUGCGAUAAGCACUGGUUCUAGUCUGAAUUCAUGAUCAAAUUGGGGUAUGAGUUAUUCUAGGUUAACGAAUAUAAAUUAAACUGGAGAAAUUCAGUUGGUGGAAGACCUUCAAGAUUUUACUCUAGCACUACUUACUUCAGUGAGACUAAGUAAGCCAUAGAAAGAUUCAGACCCUGUUCUUGCAUCCUAAAUAUUAAAAACUACAGGUGCCCAUGUAUUCGUAUUUAGAAUAAAUAGCUUUUCAAGGAAUAAAGCAGGUUGUGCUAUAAGAUGUGCCAUAAAGCUGGCAACGACAUGAUUUUGCUGCUGAGUAGGGUAUGCAUAGAAGAAAAAUGAGUUUGGUAUGCAGUCUGGAGGAGGCUUGUGGGGUACAGAGGUAGAAAGAGUGCCUUUCUUAUGGUAAAAGCAGCCAAUAUUUUACAGUACAGCUCUGCUUGGCUUUUUCAGGGACCAAGAAUUAAGACUCUGACUUGUAUCUAGGAAGCUGAGGGUGUCACAUAAUUCACCUUUGGAUGCUAGAAGUGUAACUGUUGAAAUUCUCCAAUUUUUAUUUUUUGUUCUGUGUUAUAUUGGUUUGUGCAGAAGCUGAUGUGAUAUAUGUAUUCUUGCUCCCGUAACAGCAUUUCUUGUAGUUUCAGUAACUUCAACAGACAUUACUUCUACAUAAGCCAAUAAACUGCAGUGUGUUUAAAAAUAGAGCUCUUUCUUCAGAUAGUAUCUAGGACUUGUAUUACCCAGUUUAAAAACCUCGAAAUAGCCAGGAAAUGGGGACAGUCAAAGGCACGUCUGAGAUGUGUUUAUAUAUUCAAAGCUCUUGCUCACUGCAUUGUUAUACAACUGUUUGAAUAUGUAGCUCCUUUAAUAAGUCAGCUUUGUUAUUCUUGCAUUGACAGUCCAACUUUAUUGCAUUAUUGCAGUCAAUUAACCAUUCUUCUGCCAACAUUCAAUUUUAAAUUGACAUUUUCAAGCUGUGGAAAAGGGAAGGUGUGAUUUAGAAAACACACACCCACACCCAAAGUGUUAAGUUUCUGAGACACUUAAAUGAUUUUCCAUUGUUUGAAAUUUCCAGUUCAAAGUAUUACUAAUUUUUAAAAAAGUUAAAAUAAAUGCUUUUGUCUCUUCAGUGGAAGAUUUCAAUAAACACAUAUAACUUUGCCUUAAGCUUUGUAAUUUUUGUCUUGCACCAUGUGGACAAAUGAUUUAUAAUGUCUCAUUAUCUAAGCAGUUGUCUUGAACAGCUUCAGUCUCCCCUCUAUUAUACUGCUAAUGCAUUUCAAUAUUUGGAAUGUGGCAUUUAUGAUUCAUUUUGCAGCCUCAGGCAGCAUACUGUGCCUUGCUGCUUCAAUACUGUUUAAUCUAGUUGGAAUGACAAAUUGCAAAACUGGUAAUUCUCCAGGCACUAAAGAUGUUGGUGGAGAAAUAUAAACUUGCAAAGAGGCUUUAAUUUCCAGAAGCAUUCCUUGUUUAGUCUCAGUGAUGGCUUCCUUACUAUGAUUGCAGAAGAUGUAGAUGCCUGAACUUACGGUAGUUUUGCAGGUGGAGCGUGUGGAGAAUUCAAGUGAACAGUGGUGACAAGAGACGAAGUUCUUUGAUGUCAUGGAUAAAUUAAAAAUUAACAAGUCUGUCUGUCUGGCAUCUAGAGUUAAAGAACUCCAAUAUGAAAUUGCUGACUGUAUAGCAAAAAUAUGUAACGUGUCCCUAAGGUUGACCUCUGUACUAGAGGACUGGAAAGCAGCCAAUAGAACACUGAUUUUUAAAAAGAAAUCAAGGGAACUGCAGGCCAGCUGGUAUAACAUCUGUUGUGAUGGAAUCGUUAUUAAAGAUAUCAUUUUAUCAAGCAUUCAGAACGGGAGUGAGAAACCUUUUUCAUCCAGAGUACCACAUUCCCCCAUGGGGGACCUUCGGGAGGGGGCUGCUUGCCACUGUUGGGACAGAGGGGAAAGUGAGUGAAGCAGUAGGUUACUCUUAACUUCACAUUCCAGCUAUACACAAAUCAAGGGCAUAUUCCACCCAGGCAAAAAAAGCAUUUGAGGAAGGUGAGGGGGCAAGGCCUAGGGAGAAUCUUGAGAGUCAUGUAGAAAGGUAUAUGAAUUUCAUGAAAUAAACGAACCUGGAGGGUCACAGAUUCCCAGUGGUUGCUCCAGAUCUAAACUUUUAACAGUUACAUCCCCAGUGUGCAUUUUUAAAAUUACAUUUCUGUUCCUUCUCUCUUCCAAAGCACUCAAGGUAGCAUACAUGGUUGUUUCCCCCCGCCCUCUCCAUUUUAUCCUCACAACAGUUCUGUGAGGUAGGAUAGACUGAAAGAGAGUGACUGGCUCAAGGUCACCUGGUGAGCUUCAUGGCUGAAUGGGGUUUUGAACUCUGGACUCCCAUAUUCUAGUCCAGCACUCUAACCACUUCACGACACUGGCUCUGCAUGGGUGUGACAGUGAUUGCGCACUUGCUUACACUAUGCAUGUGUGUGGCAGUGUUGUCAUAGAUCUAGCAGUACGAUGGAUGUAGAAAAUGAGAGUUGAAAUGGGAUUGUUGUCCUGUUGCUGUUUAAUUUUUGAAUGCAGCUUUGUAGGGAAACUAAUACCACGUUCAGGAAAUUGUUAGUGAUGGAGUAACUGAACUUUGGACUGUUAAGCAUAGGCAAAUGCAUUUUAUGGUUGAGUAAUGGAUUAGGAAGGUUGUGUCUCAAGUAUUAAUCAAGUUUCCUUGUAUUGCCACUCUUCUGGGUGGCAUUUAAACAGAGGUUCUGCAUUUUUCUUCAUUUUCUCCUCCAAACCUGAUAACAGCUGUCUUCAUGGCAGUUCCAGAAAUUGUUAGAGGAUUGUGUUGAAUUCUAGCUUGGAUAUAUUUUAGUUUAACUUUGACGUAGAGCAAAAAAUGGUCACUUGUUACUUAAAAAGCUAACUUGGCAUAGGAGAAGGCAACUUGUUAAGUCUGUGAGUUCUUCCUGAUAUAUUUUAAGAUGCUGAUCUAUGUAGCUGUGAAGGAAAAGCAUUAAAUAAAAUUGUGUAUUCUAAGCACUUGGUAACCAGAAUAACUUGUUCAGACAGUUGCAAAUUAUCUGCUUUUAAGUGUUGCAAAUACUGCUAGGAGAAGCCAGUGUGGUUAAGAGCGGUAGUCUCAUAAUCUGGGGAACCAGGUUUGUGUCUCCACUCCUCCACAUGCAGCUGCUGGGUGACCUUGGGCUAGUCACACUUCUCUGAAGUCUCAGCCCCGCUCACCUCACAGAGUGUCUGUUGUGGGGGAGGAAGGGAAAGGAGAAUGUUAGCUGCUUUGAGACUCCUUCGGAUAGUGAUAAAGCGGGAUAUCAAAUCCAAACUCCUCUUCUUCUUCUUCAAAUGUGCAUAUUAGUUAUUAAAUGUUUUUAAAAACUGGAAACAAAAAAGGAUAAAAAUGUGUAUGAAAUAGUACAAACUGUGGGCUUAGGUGAUGCUGUUCAAGGGAGCACCGCUUCAAAAAUGAAUUGGAGAAAUGUCAUGUUGACAAAUAGCAUGAUAUCUAAGCAAAACUCAUCUUUAAGGGUUAUACAAGAUUCUUGACACAUCACAGACAGGCAGCAUGAAUAUAUGUAAGCUCUCACAGUUGGAAAAGGGGUGCUGAUGGCAGGGAGUGCUCUUGAGCUUGAUAAAUGGCUAAAAUGACAGAUUUUGAUUUUACUGACAUCUCAUGAUAGUAUUUAGGGUGUGCAGGUUUUAAGAAUCUGUUGAAUUUCAGCAUGUUGGAACUUGUAAGCCUUUAGUAUCAACAGAAGUUGACCUGUUUUUAAAUAACAUGCAUUCUCUGAUACCUGUACCUCAUCACUACAGCUCUAUACCUGAACUUGAAAACUUAGUGGUCAGGUGGCACCUUAGUGCACUAGAACACAGGUAGGAAAUUGGGUAGAGUACUUGAAGCAUCUGCUUUUCAAACUGUAUGACUUGAAAUAGGCAAGUCCUAGGAGGGCAUCACUAAUUUCUCCUUUGGAGGUUUUUAAGCAGAGGCUUGACAACCAUAUGUCAGGAGUGCUCUGAUGGUGUUUCCUGCUUGGCAGGGGGUUGGACUCGAUGGCCCUUGUGGUCUCUUCCAACUCUAUGAUUCUAUGAUUCUAAGAGAUGGACAGAACUCUAGCAUCCAUAAAGUACACACACACACACACAAACACGGAAAAAUGUGAGCUGUGAUUAGUUGUUCUUAGGAAUUGUAGGAUUGUUGUUGUUUUUUAAAAAGUGCCGUAACCAUUGUUACCAAAGUUUGUCCUUGAAAAACACAGUAGCCAUUGCACCAGUUUAAAUACACACAACUCAUUUUAGAUCUCCAUCUUGCUGCUGAGCUUGGGAAGACGCUCCUGGAUCGGAACACAGAGUUGGAGACAUCCCUGCAGCAGAUGUAUUCCACCAAUCAAGAGCAACUGCAGGAGAUAGAGGUAACAGCUUCACAUUGGGUGCAAGUGAGCAAUAAUGUACAGCCCAAAGGCUAUAUGCCCAUUAUUCUGGCCUAGAGCAGUGACUGUACUUCCAACCAGAAAGUGCUCUAUUUGAAUCUUCAGCCAUGAACUCACAGAUGCCCCAGGCAAGCUUUCACAUGGCCCCAUUGCCUACCUGCAAUAUUAGGUUACUCCUUAUGGGGUCAUGGUUAGAAUUACUGCAAGAUAAUGGAAGUGAAGUGUUUGAACACAUGAAAGCCAAAUAUUUAAUAUUGCUAAUCUUAGGCUCGAUGUGUACAAGGCACUGAGGAUUUUCCUGUUCCUUCCUUUUUUCUAUCUCUAGGGGAGAUAUAACAUGUUGGUGUAUGAAUGCAUUUUUAAAAACAGAUAAAUAUAAAGGACACCAGCUAUUGAAGUUAGCUGUAGUGUUCAGUGCCUAUCAAUUUGGUUUCUAUGUUUAAUUUUUUUAUGUUUAACUUCUACAUGGGAAUUGUAGAACUAAUGGGUAGAAUGCUCUUUUAAAAUGUGGGUUUUUUUGGGGGGGUAUUGGGUGGUUGUUUUUAUUUUGAUUAUGUAUUUUGUGGUUUUAUGUUUUGAUUUUAUUAUGUGAACUGCCCUGAGACCUCCAGUUAUAGGGCGGUAUAUAAAUUCAAUUAAUAAUAAUAAUAGUUAAAAAAUUAAAAAUUAAAAAUAGAAUAUGAAUGUACCAAAUAAACACAACAGUUUGCCUGUUCCCCCAGUAAAAGGCUUUGCAAUUGAGGGCGGUGUUUUCUGUUCAAUUACAUGGAUUCAGCUUUUUGUAUCUACCAACCAAGGGUGCAAAUCUGCUUCUGCUGAAGGAGUAUGUGGCUCCUCUAGAGUAUGGAAGUUUGCAGAAUGAGAAGAGUACAGAAUAAAGUUCCAAUCUGGUGCCUUCUGGAUGUUGCUGGACCACAACUAUCGUCUCUGACCACUGGUCAGAGCUGAUGGGAAUGUAAGUCCAAAACAUGUGGAAGGCAAAAGGUUGAGGAAAGCUGGUGUGGAGCAUCUAUGUGUACUUCAUUUGAAGUUGUACAUAAAACAUGUUUUAAAUGGUUUUGGUGGCAACCUUGCCAGUUUACCUGGGAAUAACUCUUAAUGAUUUCAGUGGGGCUUUCUUCUAAGCAAAAAUAUACAAGAUGGCAUUGCUAGUUGCACUCUCAACUACAAGUUGGCUCUGAUCAAUUUGAAAGCUUCCUCUCCAUGUUUCUGAUAACAUGACAUUGUAGAUGCCAUUUUAGCUGGCAGAGCUUUAUUAUAACAAGAUCUUCAGCUUGCUUUCAGAAUAGCAGACAGAAUUAAUCUGGUUCAUGUUUACACUGAGAUUCAGGCUAAUGCUAACCUUGGCUAAACUGUGUUGCUCGCAGGCUGACUAUAAAUUGCAACAGGUAAUAUGUCUAAUUGAUUCUAAUAGGGUAAAGGUUGCGGGUGGUACUAGAUUAACUUGUAAUCCUGCUUUAGACUUCUCAAAAUGUAAGCCUAUCAAUCAUUUUAAUGAGGGAAAUAAAAAGAUUCCAGUACAGAAGAUUUGAUUAUAUAAUCAAUAGGCUACUAGGCUACUUAGAGUAGUGGCUUUAAACUUCAGGUUCUCCGAAAGAUUCAUGUAUUAGCAAUGUGUACAAAAUUCCAGCAUUCAGUUAUCAUAAUUCUUCCUGUGCAACUUCUUUGGCAUAUUGAUUCACUUGAAAUAUGCUAAAUGGAACUGUUCUCACCAGUGAUCUCAAGUCAUUUUACUGCAUUUCUGUUUCUCAUAGUUGGGAGCAUGCGACUGAAUAGCGUUUGAGGCGGAAAUCCAGAGUUUGCCUCUCUUGCAAAGCAGCUUAAAGUUAAUGGUUUAGUAUUCUUAUGCCGGACACCUCUUAGCCUAGGCUUUCUGAAAGUAGUUUUCACAGCUUUAAAAAUAAACCACCUGUUAUAUUUCUUGAAUAAAGAGGCUUGCACUAAACAUUUAAUAUAGAUUUAAAACAGGAGCCCCUUGAUGGGGAUUGCAAGAGUAACUCAAUUUAUAAAGGGGAAAGUAGGAACUCACUAUCAGCUGACAAGAUAUGCUGUGCAGUGUUGCCCUAUUUACCCAUUGUGUCUUUUCAGCUUCUUGAAAGGGUCUGUAGUUUUAGAAAUAAACCCUUAAGUCAAAAUCUAAAGCUCUCCUUCAAGUGUGCCUAAGGGUUAAGCAUGCCCAGUGGAGUGUUUCACUUUGAACAAGAGAUUAGUCAGUCUCAAACUUUAUGCUCCCAUCACUUUCCAAAGUGAUUUGCCAUGGUGGAGAGAAGGGGGGGGGUCAUGUUUGAGAUAGAAAGCCUGUUGGGCCAUUCAACUAUGUUGAAUUCUAGGCCUAAUUUUAUCUUCCUUGUUACGUAACUUUACCAUGACUUGUGUGCUUGGAGAGUUAAAAUGGGAGAGCUGUGUGUUUACUCCUGCAGAGACCUUUAGCGGUCUGAGGGAUUACUCUGGCCUAAGUUGUUUGAAAAAGGUUAGUUGCAUAGUGCCUCUCAUUUGAGAUAAGAAGAAAGCGUAUGUACUUCAGUAUCGUCAUGCUAAUCUUCUUAACUAUCAUUGCUUGAGAUUACAAAGGAAAGCAGCAAAAAUAAUGCAAUUUCAACUGCUGGUUGUGGAACCGUUCUUUAAUUACAUUUGCAACAUUAACUGUACAUUAUUUUGUAGUAUCUUACAAAGCAGGUGGAACUUCUGCGUCAAAUGAAUGAUCAACAUGCCAAAGUUUACGAACAGCUUGAUGUCACUGCCAGAGAACUGGAGGAUGCUAAUCAAAAGCUAGUUUUUGACAGUAGAGCCUCACAGCAAAAGAUAAUAAGGUAAUAUGCUCCUGUGGCACACUGUUUCCCUUCCUUAAUGUGCACCAUAUAUAUAAUAAUGCAUAUUUUACUCCAACGAUGUCUGUAUAAUUCAACUGUUGCUUGACCCUCCUGGAUUCUGCCUGGGCUGAGGUUGGGAAUAGGUACUGACUUUUCUCCCUGUGUCCUCCUAUAUCCCUCCCGCCACCACUUUCAUUAAGUUAACAGCUGAACUGAAAGAUUCCGUCCUUGUUUGAAUAUAGCUUCUUUCUAAUUUGCAAAAUGGAAUCCACUACAAAAGCAGAGUCUUUAUCUGGGUGAGGGAGACGUAUGUUAAAGUGACAUGGAGCCUUGGAGGUACUUGUUAGCUUUUCCUCCACAGGAUGGUGGUGGGAAAAGAAUGAACCCUGAUGCCUUCUCCCAAUCAUACUUUGGGUAUCAAGUAAUAGCCAAAAGACCGAGUUUCUGACUCCCAGAGUCAAUAUCCUGGAACACAAACAUCUCUCAAAGAAAACUGCAGUUUAAACAAUUGUUGAUGUGUCAAGCUUGACUUAUGCUGAUAAAUUUGUGUACUUCUGUGUGUGCAAUUUCCCCCCCAGCCUUACUGAGACUAUUGAAAGUCUUCAAGCACAUAUUGAUGAUCUCCAGAGACAAGUGGAAGAGUUGAAGAAUUCUGGGCAAGGGUACGCGAAUCGUGAACGGUGUGAGCAUCCAAGAUCUGUUCAUAGUUUUGCAUGUCUGAAGGAACUGUAUGACCUUCGCAAGUAAGUUUCAAGUUCAUUUUAAAAGCGGUCUUUUUCUGUGGAAUAGUUAUUUAAUGUUGUUCAGUUUUGGUAGAGAAGUAAAAAAAAAGUCAAGCAUAUUCUGAUUAGGAAAUGUGUCAAGUUUAGUGAUGGCAUAUGAUUAAGCAAAGAUUAUUGAAGGCCUGUCCUCAUCAGCUCUUAAGUGAACCUGUCAUAUAUAGACACGUGUGUAUAUUUUUCUGACCUUUUGAUGCUCUGGAUGACUUUGGGCUGAUUUCUGCACUUUAGUUGAAAACGAUGUUGGGAAUUUUUGUAAAGGAAGAUCCUGGGAAAUCUAGGUCUCUUUCAUUAGCCCUUCAAAGGUCUCUAAAUCAGCCUAUUUCCUGUUCUCAUCAGGCCAACUAGUGACAGACCUUUUUCUUUAAGGUCAACCAUUAAGGUGUUUGCCUUAUGUCAGAACUGGUAUUGUAUCCUUACAAACAGUAUGGCUUUCAGAAGGUUGGUAGAGAGUCAUAGGGAUGGAGACUUGAUGGUGACUGUUACAAGUUGUUGAUAUAGAUGUGCGUUCUCUGAAUUUCAGGCCAGUGGAAACCGUAAAAUUGUCCAACCCAGAUCCUCUUUCUGAAGAAAAUUAUCUAAGUUGUUGAUUUAACUCUACAAUGCUUACCUAGGUAUUUCUAGCCUUUUACAAAGGCAAGGUACAAUCUCUAGUUUUUGUAGAGACCUAAUACAGGCAGCUCUUUCACUUUAGGGUUCAUGUCUAGAAACUGGCACACACUGCUGUGCUUUAUUCAUCCAUGAUAAUAAAGUUACCCUUUGUAUACAAAAAAGCGAGUUAUUGGGAAGAGCAAACUAAUGCUUUUCAUUGGCUCUUGUUGUUUGUGUCUAGGUAUUUUGUUUAUGACCAUGUUUUUGCGGAAAAAAUUACUUCUGUGGAUAGCCAACUGAGUCCUCUGGAGGAAGAAAACCAGAGGUUAAAAAAGGCAAUGACUCUUUUGCAAGCACAGCUCAGCAUGGAAAAAGAGAAGAGGAUGACGAUGGAGGAAGAGUACAAUCUCAUGCUGAAGGAGAACUGUGAUCUUGAGCAGAGGUUGGUGGAUGUUGAUCUAUACCGAGCCAGAGCUGAAGAGCUUGAGUUUGAAGUGGCUGAAAUGAAGCAGAUAUUUCAGUCUGAAAGCAGCUUUGCUAAUGGGGUGGAAAAGCUUGUUCCAGAGUCUUUUUUUAUUUCCUUCAAAGAUUCUUUAGAGAGAGAUCUGAGUCAGAGCCCUUCAGAUUGGAGCUCUUCUGAUGGGGUUCUUUUAACUGUCCCAGAACCCGACAGAAGGGCACUCAAAAGAAGCACCAGCGAGACCUUCCUUGGCAGUGUUGCAGGUGGGGAUCUUCUAAUAAAGGGCCAUGAAGAAACCUGUAUCCGGCGGGCAGAAGCUGUAAAGCAAAGGGGCAUCUCUCUGCUUAAUGAGGUUGAUGCACAGUAUAACGCUUUGAAGGUCAAGUAUGAAGACCUCCUGAAGAAGUGUCAACUAGAUGAGGAGUCAUUGAAACAUAAAGCUGUACAAACUUCUAAACAGUAUUCCAAAGAUGUCAGAGUGGGGAAUAAAUCCUUGGACACGUGUGUUGGAGAAGCUGAACCCACAAAUGCUGACCCAGCCCCAGCCAGCUUGCCUUCAAACCCUCCACCCGAAUACAAGCUUCUCUUUAAGGAAAUCUUUAGUUGUAUCAAGAAAACCAAACAGGAAAUAGAUGAACACCGAGCAAAGUAUAAAUCCUUUCCUUCUCAGCCUUAACAAACUUUCUGUACAUCACUACUACCUUAGAAAACCGUUGUUCUUGAAGUAGCUGUCUGAAUGUUUCACUUGAGACAUUGCUGCAUGUCUGUUCUGCUAGGGUAUAUGUAGGUUGACUUUUUGAACUUGUAGGAUGGGUUGGGUCCACUUGAUUUGGGUGUGUGUGUGUUUGACACAGUUGUUGCCACUGAUUUGCUCAGGACAUUGCAGAUUAUGCUAAAUUGGCAAAUGAAACAGUUACGUGACUCUGCUAACUGCACCUAAUGCCUGGUAAUAAAAGUUGUAUUUUGGAGAAUUGGAAACCACCCAGUGACUGCAUGUAAAGAGUUGUCACUUAUGGAGGUCUAGUUUUUGGAUUCUUUCUGCGGUCGAGUUGGAAAGUUGAAAUUCUUCUGUAGUGUUGUGUUUAUCUUCAACAAUGGCAAUUCGGCUAUUAAACAUGGUAUGAAAUUAAAUUGCAAGUCUGGUACAUUUUUAAAAGGCAACCUCCUUGCAUUUAAUAUUUGACUCCGAAUAUUUUUUUGUUUUUGUCAGACCUGUGAUUUAAAGUAAUAAAUUUAACAAGAAACGUCCAUGCAGAGAUCAAACACUGGUUUAAUUUGCUUGAGCAGGUGGACAUUGGUUCUUCUGGAAAUAAAGUACAGCUGCUGUCUUCAGAAGAAAUUGUUGCUAUAGGAAUGAUUGGAACAGAGAAGUGGCCAUUGCUGAGUGUGCUACUUUUGGGUAACAAGUGUUCUGUAUGUAUCCGUUCUAUGUGUAUGCUAGUUCAAAUUGCUCCUGGAAGCAAGCAUCUAGUUGGGAGUUUUGGAAGCUUUCAUCCCCUGAAAAGAUGAGCUGAGAUUGCUUCCACUGUUCUGUGUAAUAUGGGCAGUUUUUUUCACUGAACAUCUUAAAUAGGUCCGGCUAGUCCAGGCUUCCUCAACCUUGGCCCUCCAGACGUUUUUGGCCUACAACUCCCAUGAUCCCUAGCUGGCAUGGUCAGGGAUGAUGGGAAUUGUAGUCUCAAAACUUCUGGAGGGCUGAGGUUGAGGAAGCCUGGGCUAUUCUAUUGGCAGGAUUUCUCACUGCAUAAACAUUAAGUACUUUGAACUAAACAAGGCUUGAGCUGAAUGCUUACUUUAUGAGGUAAAGUGAUUAUAAUGUCACAUCAAAGGAAAAAUGCCAGAGAAUUCUUCAUGCAGGACCUUGAUUUCACAUGAAUUGGCAGCUUAAGCUUCUCUUCCUGGAUCUUUCACCCCUAUUACAUAUCUAGUUUAAGACUAAAUUGGUAAGAUUUUGAACAUUAAUGCUUUGAAUAUCAGAUGGGCCCCAUCAUAGCUGCCUGAACCAGUGACCAUGCCUCUUAUGCAUGGAGUUGUCAUUGGAGUAGCAAACGUUCUGUAUGUAAAAGGGACUACGGUGUGAUGGGGGGGUAUUUUUGAGGUAUAUUUUAUGUAUAGAGUGUUGUCUUAUAGCAGAAGGUUAUGGGUUCAACACACUAUUCUGCUGCUAAUAAUGGCAUUUGUUGCCAAGACCACAUGCAUGUAAUUGUGCACUUGUCUUAAGAAUAUUGUAUUUAACAUGGAGGAUGGCUUCAUGUAGCCUAGAAAACCUUGAACAAGCUGUAAAAGGAAUAGGUAGGUGUUACUAUGCAUAUUUUCUAGGCUGUACAAAACUAUUCCCAAAAGAAUCUUCUGCGUUUACAAGUUGAACUUGAAAGCAAAUCUUAUUGCAGUGCUUUUCUAUUACUGAGCACAUAGCUCUAAGAACAGACCUCUGUUCCCUAAAGUUGCUCUCAAAUACACAAAGAUGAUAAGUAACAGAGCUGAGGAUUUAGAAGGGUUUACCAGUACUGCAUAAGAUGACAAGGUACUGUACCUGUCAACAGUAGUGUUGUGAUUACAUUACUAGUUAAACUGAACAUGUGCGGCUUAAGGGAUAUCGCAGCUUUAACUUGGUUGCUGCUAUUGCAAACAUCUCUGCCUUAUGUACAAUGUAAAAUGGGAAUGGCUUCUUGUUCUUGAAUUACAUGUUUUUCCUGGAUAUGGACACACUCCACCAAACUGUAUUUAAGCUUAUUUAAAGACUUGUAAGCUAUUCUGAAUAUUGGUUUGUUUUUUUUAAUCCCAUCACAAAUAAAUCCCUUCAACAAACAAGCUUCUGAAGUUUGUGUGUGCAUGUCUGUGUUUAAGUGAGAUUUGCCAGUUGAUUACUAACUAGGUGCUUGGAAUCAUGUAGAAAAACCACUUAAUGCUUUUUUCAAUACCUUUAGAACUAUGGGGGUAGUUAAGGGGAAGGAUAUUCUGGGCAGCCUCAGUCUAUCACUGGUAUACUUGGUAUUGCUGCUGUAUUAAGCAAAUGUCUGUUUAAAAGAAUAAAGUCUCUCCAUCUGCAUUGACUUCAGAACAGUCCAGCUCAUGCGCCUAAAUGUUUUUUUGGAGGUUGAUGAGCUGUGUUAUCAUUGAUCAUUAAAAUCACAACUACAGAGUGCACCUUUUGUAUGAAAGAUGACUAGCAACGACCCUAUACAUUUAAAAUGAAAUACAUAGCUGCUAACAAGCCCACUUGUUCUGGAAUAAAUCUCGACAGAUUUCCCAACUAGCAGCAGAGAAAACCCUUACAUUUAGCUACACUUGCAGUUUAUUACAGCAUUUCAU